GAACGCGGCCUCUGUCCAGACAUGGCGGAUCGCUAGGCCGGAUGCUGAGCUGACAUGAGAGAGUAGCUGUCGAAAUGAUGGGGAGGGGUGGCAUUAAAAAGCAGGGGGUCACCGAGGGUGAAGGAGCUCUCUUGCUGUUCCUUGCACUGAUACCAGCUCUCUGCUCUGCCGGAAUCCUGGAUCCUUGGCAGUGGGCACGAAGUGAUCGCAUCGAGGUCAACAUUCCCUGGUUACCCUUCGAAAACGAGACCAGGUGUUACGACGAGCUGGGCUGCCUGAACAUCACCAGAAAUUGGUAUCAUCUAAUCCAUCGACCACUAAAUGUCUUUCCACUUCCUCGCGAGGUCAUCAAUACGAGGUUCAUCCUCUACACAGAGAACAACCCCACCGAAGGUCAGGUCUUGAUAGUAGCUAAGGAUAAGUCCAUUAAGCGCUCGAACUUCGAUCCGAAGCGCAAAACUAAGUUUAUCAUACAUGGUUUUAUAGACACGCCGCUCAGCAACUGGGUUAAGGAAAUGAGGAACGAGUUGCUGAAACACGAUGAUUACAACGUAAUUGUUGUGGACUGGGCUGGUGGCAGUCUUCCUCUUUAUACCCAGGCGACAGCCAACACCAGACUUGUAGGACUAGAGAUAGCUCAUCUGAUAACCCAUCUUCAGAACAACUAUGGACUAGAUACUGGCGACGUGCACCUGAUCGGGCACAGUUUGGGUGCUCACACGGCAGGAUACGCAGGGGAGAAGUUGGAGGGGAAAAUCGGCAGGAUCACAGGUCUGGAUCCUGCGGAGCCCUAUUUCCAAGGGAUGCCCAGCCACUUGCGUUUAGACUACACGGAUGCCCAGCUUGUCGAUGUCAUCCACACCGAUGGGAAAAGCAUCUUCUUCCUAGGAUUUCCAGGGUACGGGAUGAGCCAGCCUUGCGGGCACCUGGACUUCUACCCUAACAAUGGCAAGGAACAGCCAGGAUGCACCGACCUGAGCGAAACGACGCCAUCUCUACCCCUUACCCUGAUAAAAGAAGGACUCGAAGAGGCCUCACGCGUCCUCGUAGCCUGCAACCACGUGCGCGCCAUUAAACUCUUCAUCGAGAGCAUCAAUUCUAAGUGCCAGUACGUGGCCCACGAGUGUCCGAAUUACGCCAGUUUUUUACGAGGAGAGUGCUUCUCUUGCAAAAGCAAUAGCAGCCUGAGUUGCGGAGUCAUGGGAUACCAUGCAGACAGCAGUCCUGCAUUAUUGAGGCGCCAAGCUAUGGGCCAGGAUGUGUCCUCCUUGCUAGGCUCCAAGUUCUUCUUCUCGACCGGGAAAGAAGAUCCCUACUGCAGAAUGCACUACAGGAUAACGAUUGAUCUCGCACGACCUCCGACUGCUGAAAGCUGGGUCCAGGGGUUCAUGAAGGUGACUCUGUACGCAGAUAAUGGCGUCAUCCGCAACAUGGACCUCACUCCUAACGGGUACAUGAAAUUGGAACACGGCACGACCGCGCGAAUGGUCGUGGCUCAUCCUGGUGGAGCUGGAAGUGAUAUCGGAAAGAUAAGACGUGUAGAAUUGUCCUGGGCAUACGACAUGGACGUCUUGCAGCCGAGGUCGCUUUGUUUCUUCUGGUGUAACGACCGCCUCUACGUGAACAGCGUCGUCGUCGACAUCAUGGAGCUGCCUGGAAGAGGGAAAAGGGAGACCGAUUUUUCGAGCAAGCUCUGCUCAGCUGGCAGGCAAGAGUACGCCGAGAUCGCGAGUGGUUCCAGCGCUUCUUUCGUGGACAACUGCUGACGAACUUUGGG